AUGCAAAAAUUAUUACAAUCCACGUUUUUCUCCUCUAAGAAUAAGCAUAAUAAAACUAAAACUAAAAAUAAGAAUAAAGAAAAACAGGUUCCUCAUUUAAAGGAUAUCCAUGCUCCACAUAAUGUACACCCAUCUACAAAUGAUGGAGUGCUCGAGAAAACUUCGAAUCAAAAUAUCUCUUCUAGCAGUAAUCCUAUCGAAGAAGAGAAGAAUCAUACACCGUUAAAUCAAUUACACGGACAUAUUCAAUUUGAUGAAAAUGUUUUCAGUAAUGAAGAAGUUAAAAACAAAGUAAUGAACGAAGAUACACACAAUAAAGUUGAGGACACUGAAUAUAGACCUAAAAGACCAUCUCUUAGAGAAGCCUUUAGUUCAAAUUCAUUCAUAUCAGCUCGUUCUAAAAAUUCCUCUACAAAGAAUAAUAUAUUGACUCGUAGAGGUAGAUCUGAAGAGAGGGUUUCAUUUAGAGACGAUAAAUCAAUUAACAGUGCAACUUCAAGAGGUAGAUCAAGGAAUAAAUCCAUAUUCUCCAAAUCAAGGUCAAGGUCAAGGUCAAGAUCAAGAUCAUCAUUUCUUUCUAACCAAUCGACAGUACCAUCCAUAUCAUCUGAUGAAGAAGAGGAUGCUAAUGAAACAGAUUCAUCUACUAAACUGAAUUCAUCAGGUUCUUUACUGGACUUGAAAAGGUUCUUUAACCCUGCCAUACCGAAAACGAGGAAGAAAUCACAUAAAUAUAAACAGGAGCAACAACAUUCAGCAUCAUUUAAGGAAUCACCACUGUAUGAACUUAAUGAACAUUUGAAAAAUUUAUUACAACCAACAUCCACUACUACAAAACAAUUUCCAAGAUUUACUAAGAAUCGUAUCGUAAUAUAUCAUGAUCUAAAAUAUUUAGAAGAAAAAUAUGGUACAUUCACAAAACAUUUGGGGACAGGUGCAAACGGUACAGUAAUCCAAUUAACAAACCGCAGUACGUUACAACAUUACGCAUUGAAAACAUUCAAAUAUAGAAUUGAAAAUGAAACCAAAUUAGAAUAUCAAAAACGAUGUAUUUCGGAAUUCCUCAUAAGUUCUCAUUUAAUCCAUCCUAACGUGAUUCAAACGUAUGAUUUGUUCGUAAACAAUGCUAAUAGUAGUAGUAGUAGUAGUAAGUAUGAAUUAUCACAAAUUAUGGAAUAUUGUCCAUUCGAUUUCUUCAACGUGGUGAUGUCUGAUGAACAUAAAAUGUCAAGAAGAGAAUUAUUUUGUAGUUUUAAACAAUUGGCAUUGGGUGUGAAUUAUUUACAUUCCCUGGGGAUAAGCCAUAGAGAUUUGAAAUUAGAUAAUUGUGUCAUGAAUGAACAUGGUAUUUUGAAAAUUAUAGACUUCGGUAGUGCAACAAUUUUUAAAACUAAAACCAAAAAAUCACAUAUGUAUCUUCCAGAUGAACAACAUGAGGAGGAGGGUUAUGAAGUGAUCUUGUCCCAAAGUAUUGUUGGGAGUGAUCCAUAUUUAGCACCAGAAGUGUUUAAUUCAGAAACUCCAGGUUAUAAUGCUUCACUUGUUGAUGUCUGGUCAUUAGGUAUAAUAUUUUAUGCAUUAAUGUUAAAGAAAUUCCCAUGGAAGAUUCCUCAAGUGGAUCAAGAUCGAAAUUUUGAAUUUUAUUGUAGAGAGGAUUUGGCAGAAAAACAUGAUUAUGUAGAAUCUGCUAAGAAGCAUGAAGAAUUAAUGAAAGAGAAAAAAAUCCUCAUCAAAAGGCAACACCAACAAUCAAACACUAGAUCAUCAUCACCAAUAGCGUCACAAUCACAACCCCUACAAGAACAAUUAGUAAGAAUAAAAUUGCGCCAUUCAUAUUCCACAAAUACAACGUUACCUAGAAAAAGUACACAUAAUGAUUGUUCUAAAUAUGGUCAAUAUAGAGUGAUGAGAAGGUUACCUCAUGCAUCAAGACCAAUAAUUUCACGAAUGUUAAAAGUGAAUCCAGAUGAAAGAGCCACAAUAAGUGAUUUAUUACAUGAUAAAUGGUUUAGAAACAUUCCGUAUUGUAGGUCAAGUUUGAAAGAUAAUUCAUACAUUAGAGCAUCUGGACAUCACCAUAUUUUGCCUGGCCCGGCUUCUUCUCAAGGGUCAUCUAGUGAUGCAACAGAGCCGGUAAGGGAUUCCUCAUGA